GAACCGCCGGCCCGGAUAUCCGGGCAGGGCCGCUCGGCGCUCGGUGCGGCCCGGCCAUGGCGGCCCUGCGGUCGGACCCCGAGCUGGCCCGGCAGCUCUUCUUCGAGGGCGCGGCCGUGGUGGUGCUGGACGUGCCCGAGGGCACCGAGUUCGGCAUCGACUACAGCGCGUGGGCCGUGGGGCCGCGGUUCCGCGGCGUGAAGAUGGUGCCGCCGGGGCUGCACUUCGUGCACUGCAGCGCGGCCGGCGCCGGCGGGCGGGACGCGGGGCCGCGCUCCGGCCGCUUCCUCAGCCUGCGGCGCCGCGAGGUGCGGGUGCUGCGCUGGGACCCCGCGGGCGAGGCCGUGCGGCCCGAGCCGCCCGAGCAGGGCGAGGCGCUGCGGGACAGCCUGCGGGAGCUGGACCCCUUCCUGGGGCCCUACCCCUACGAGACGCUGAAGAAGUGGGUGUCGCUGAGCAGCUUCAUCAGCGAGGCGGCGGCCGAGGAGCUGCAGCCCGAGAGCGGCCAGAUCUGCGCCUUCGCCGAGGUGCUGCCCGAGGCGGCGGGGCGGCACACGCGGGACCGCGCCGGGCAGCGCCGGCCGCCGCCGGGCGCCGAGUGCCGCAGCUACGCCGAGGGCCUGGCCCGGCUGCCCCGCAUGCGGCCGCGGGCCGGCACCCAGAUCCGCUUCUCCGAGCUGCCCCGGCAGGCCUUCCCCGACGGGGCCACCCCCGAGGAGAUCACCCGGCACAGCAUGGACCUGAGCUACGCCCUGCAGCGGGUGAUGGAGCAGCGCUACCCCGGCCGGCCGCUGGGCCUGCUCGCUGAGUUGCAGUUUGCCUUCAUCUGCUUCCUGAUUGGGAACGUGUACGAUGCCUUUGAGCACUGGAAGAGGCUCCUGAACAUCCUGUGCCGCUCGGAGGAGGCCAUAGGGAAGUACCAAGACCUUUACAUCAACCUCAUUUCUGUGCUCUAUCACCAGCUCAACGAGAUCCCAGCAGAUUUUUUUGUGGACAUUGUUUCCCAGGACAACUUUUUAACCAGCACCUUGCAGGUGCUGUUCUCCUGCACGUGCAGCUCUGCUGUGGAUGAGGCUCUGAGAAACAAGGCUGAGAAGUUCAAGGCUCACCUGACAAAGAAAUUCAGAUGGGACUUUGAGGCAGAGCCUGAUGACUGUGCCCCUGUGGUGGUUGAGCUGCCUGAGGGUGUGCAGGUGGACUGAGCCAAAGGCCCCCUUAGGAGCAAACAGCUUCUAAAAUGACCCUUUCCUUCUCUUCUCCAACCCUACCAGCUUCUUAAAGGCUGUGUCUGGAGCUGAUCUUUCUGCUGGAGAAGCAGAUGUGGGAAACCCAGUAGGAUGCUGAGCUUUGUGAGGAGCCCAGAGGUGUUGGAGGAGUUUGAGUGUUGCCAUGUGGCAGCUUUGGACACGCUGGGGUUUUCCCAGCCCUUCUGCAGCAUCUCCUCCUAGAACACAGGCCGCAAACAAAGUCACAGAAUCAUUAAAGUUCCUAAAGACCUCUUGAUAAGGAGUUCAACCCUAAACCUGACACUGCCACAAUCCUCCUGCACUCAGCUGUCCUCUGCAUCCCUGCUCCCCUCUCCUGCUGGGCUGGAGCGAUGCUCUGCUUGGGGAGCACCUGUGCUUCAGGGGUGUGUCUUGGUUUGAAAAGACAGGUGUCUGCCGAGGAAGGCAGGAGCCUCCCCUGAAAUGGAAAAAAUGCUCUUCCUCUGAAUUGUCAUAAUUGUAAAACUAAGAGGCUCUCAGACAAAGAUAUGGGAAUAGGAGUAACAGUUCUUUAACAGGAAAACUAAAAAUACAAAUGCAAUAGUACAUAAAAGGAAAACAAACCACAGCCAGAGUCAGCAGAGGCGCUGUCCCCCUGUGGGUCAGGGUGGUGGCACAGUCCCAUCCCAUGGGGCUCAGCCCUCCUGCAGUGCCAGCUGUGCUUCUGCUGGAGCAGGGAUCCUGCACAAGGCUGCAGUUUUCCUCUGCAGCUCCAGGGCUGCAGGAGAUGGGCCUGCUCUCCCUCUGGCAAUGCAGGGCAGGAGAAAGCUGCUCCUCUGGGAAUGCAGGGGGCAAAGGCUGCUGUGCUGUUCCAGGCUCAGAUUGGAUCCAGGUAGGAAUGCUUGGCUCCUGCCCUGGGCACAGCAUCUCCCCAUGGGAUGCUGGAAUUUGAUCAGCCCUGCAGGGACACUCCCUGGCCAUGGACAGCAGAGAUCUGCUGGAGGGAGGAUUGGCUGUGGGAGAGAUGAAGAAAACUGCCCCAUGAACAGCAGAGAACUGCCCAGCUCUGACAGAUGGGGACAGAAUGCACAGCCAGCUACACCUGAGACAGGGUGUAAGGCCAUGGGGUGGUUCUGGCAGCCCAAACCCAGGCUGGAAGCUGAAGUCCAGCUCCUCCUGGGCUCGUGUUGCAGUGCUGUGACCAUGACAGUUGCGCUGCUGUGUCAGCUCUUGGUGCUCACUGUGAUUUGUCUUCUGGGGAGGUGGCUCAAAGCCACAGCAAACUUUCCUCCAAUUUCAUACACCCAGCACCUCAGUAUCUCAUUCCUGUUCUUCCAAUUUUGUUAAAUCCUUUUCUGUUUACUGCUGACGUGAUUUUGCCUGGUGUAAAAGGAAGUAUUUACUGGAUUGUAGUAACCAAGGUGUUAAAGAACAGCCAGAGGAGAUAAAGGAUCAAAUUUCCACAUGAACUGGAUCCGCUGUUGUGUUCCAACUGGAUAUCCUAUGGUUUUGCUCAAAAACAGUGACUGAAAAUUAUCACUUUGUAAAAUGGCCAAGUUCCCAUGAUGAACUGCACUUUUAGUAGCUGAGAAAAGAGAAUAUAAUUGUACUUGCAUUGUG